AUGACUGCCGUUCUUCCCGCCUCUCGAGAGGAGCACUCACGCUUCUCUCCAGAUUCUUUUCGGUCCCCUAUCACUCAGACCUACUUCAUCGAGGAGCCAGAGAUUGCUACCGCCAAGUCUGUUGUUCAUGGCUUUCAAUCAAGAGCCUAUGCCAAUCCGAUCGGAUCGAUGCACCCUCUCGACCCACCCUCUCCGGAUCUUGCACUCUCUGCUGCGGACCAUUUCUCGUCGACAGCCACCGCUUUCAGCAGUUUGUCUUUGAAUGUGGGUGACGACCAGGAUGGCAGUGAAUUGAUAUUACCGUCGUAUGAUUCUCACCAGUUCAUCCCAAAAGAACCGGAAGCUCUCAGUGAAGUCUCAGUAGACUCAUCGGCGGACCUUCAGCGAUGGAGAGCGCACACACCAGCUGCCGACGACAGUUCAAUCGAAGAUGAGCCGUCGAGACAUGUUGAUUAUUUAUCCCACGAGUGGCGGCAGGAGGAUAUAUGGGCCUCGUGGCGGUAUGUGGUCGCCCGGCGAAGCGCCUACGAUAACGGAGUGAGGUUGGAGAAUGCGUCAUGGCGAACAUGGGGCAAGCUGAAGAUGAAUUUGGGCACGGUAUCCCCGGAGACUCUAAACUGGCUUAAGGACUGUGACGUGACAUGGCUGUAUGGCCCGUUGAAAACGUGCGAUAGACGAGAAUUGACAUUGGAUGACUCCCCACCUCCAAGUCGAUUUGCAACGCCAACUCUUUAUCCGGAUAGGAAGCCGAUUCUAAAAAAGAGAACAGCAUCUGAAACUAUCCUCCAACGCUCUCUAUCCCAGCAUACUCUCCUCCAGCAUGCGGGGGCUAUUCUGAAAGCACAGGAGGCGGAGACGAAUCGAAGUCGGCCGUCUUUCCAGCGCUGCCCCUCGGACCUUGAGCAGGUGCCAAACCAAUUGGCCGCUACUCUUGUUCCGGCGUCCAUUCAUGGAACCACAACCGAGACAACGUCGUCAGGCAUUGGGUCACCCAGUGAAAAACGGCAUAUCCAUUUCAACAAUGAGGUAGUGCAAUGUAUUGCUGUGGAAGCAAAGGAGGAAGAUGAUGAGACGCAAAGGGCUUGCGAUGACUCUUCCUCGGAGGAUGGUGUCGUGAUGAUGAAACAGAUUCAUCCUAACAUAGAACGGAGCGAUCGGGGCACACCCCGUGGUAGUAUUAGUGGCGAUAACAAAACCAUUGCUCCGCUUCCUUCGACGACGUUGAAGUAUCGUGGAGACACUCCCGAGCCUCCGGCAGGCUCGAUAAUGGAUCGCUGGUCCUACUAUUUUUCUUCCUCGACUCCCUUGGAACAGACUACUCGACCUUCUGCUUCCGCCAACUUCCUCUUGGACGACGACGGCGGCGACUAUACCUUUGAUUGGGACUCAAAUCCGGGAUCCCAGGAAUCAUCUCAUUACAGCCGUCCCUGGUUCGUCAAUCCCGAAGAUGACGAAGAGCUCGGUCACUACUGCGGCUCGACUUCAACGGGGUCUACACCCACCGAAGACGAGGAAAGCUCGAAUGGCAGCGUCCUCGAGCGCUUUAUGUAUACAAUGAAUACAGCCAAAGACAUCGCUCACGUGAUAUGGAAUAUAGGUCGAGGCGUUCCGGGUUCUGAUGACGUUCUUGCGCUGUCCUUAUUUUGCAUCCGCCAAGGGAGUGAUAAUGAAUCCAACGUGACCCCAGUGUGUGAAAGCUGCAUUCGAUCACAAAUUGCUGCCUUGAAGAAGGGUACUAGGUGGCUAGCUGUGAUUCAUUAUCAGGUCCGCGCUUCCAAUGAGGCACACCAGCGGCAACAAACCGGCAGUGAUACCCACAUUGAUUUCUCCAACCGUGGCUUCGCACGACAAUCAUUCAUCCAAGGCAACCGAAGCAUCAAUCAGAAUCCUGCACGAGUCUUCGACGACCAGUGUCGCCAGGUCAAUAGUCUAGAACAACCUCUAAUUGAAGAGCAACUCGACAGGGACUCUGGAGGCCAGCUACGUACCUUACUCCAGUCAGUACCUUGGGGUAAGUUACUGUACAGUACAGUACCCGUCCACGAAAUGACGGCAAGACUACUUACUUACUGGUCUUCAAUCAUCCCUCCGUCGGAGUUCCAAGCACCACGGCCCAAGGUUGAGUCCGAAGAACCAGCUCAGACGCUGAUGAUUGGCUGGGCUGAGGAGGUUCCCGGUGACGUGGAGAGGGGGAAAUCAGAGACGAAGCUCAUGCAGACAAAGGGGGAAAAUACAGGUGAGGAGAAAGCAUAUACCGCGGGGGCUGGACUUAUGGGUAAGGGUACUAUCGCUCCGGAUGGCUUAUCGCAUUUAUUGCGUCAUGAUGGUACAUCAACCACCAACUCGGAAAGUAUUGCCUGUUACACCAUGUCACCACCCUGA